AUGACGAGCACUUUUGUUUGUGAAGUUCAAUUCAGGGUCUUUUUCGAAGAGAUCGAUAGGAAAGUAAGUGAAGACGUUCUUGUCAAAAUUAGUUGUAGUAAACAUGGUUCAAUCAAUCGUUCAAAACCUUAUUCAAAUCGAUUGUAUCAUGAAACAGUUUUAGAAAUCUUUGUUUUGUCGAAAGAGGUGAAAAUAUUCGAGAAUUCUCAACAGAAAGUAUUGCGCAUGCGUAUUUAA